CCCAUAUCUAUUCUCUAGAAAGAGCUAUCCUAUCCGAUAGAAAAAUAGCCAUACGCAGCUAUCUACAUACCGAUCGCCAGGUAAUGGUGCGAUAAGCGCCGUGAUAUCACUUGCAGUCGAAAAAUCUGACCGGUAAACCGUCACCACGGUCGCCGAGUCGCGACCCGCUCCCGACGACGACCCCGAUCUCUCUCGAUCCUCUCCUCCCUCACCAAAAUGCCUUCAAGACGCACGCACUCUGCCCGGGAUGGAGUACAUCACCCGCGGGGUCUGCGGGCAGGAGGGGUGCCGUGAACGACGGUAUUAUCUCGACAACGGUCUCUGGUUCUGCAGGCGGGGUCAUCAACAAGAGGGCCGACAAGUCGAGGAAGAUCCGGAGGAUUUUGGUACCCAGGGUCGCACGAGUCGUGUCAAGAAGGCCGUUUCUGAGAAGUCGAAAAAGACAUACACCGGCCGUCAGGCCUAUCGUCUCUUUCUACAGGUCUACCAGUUAAUCCUGUGGAAGCAAUGUUACGCGCUGGUGCACACCCGCGGCUUUCCGCCGCAGUUUGAGGACGUUGUUCGCGAUCUUUGGGCGCUCUGGCUGGGGACUUUCGAAGACAAGAUCAAGGAGCUGGGCGAUGAUGACGAGCCGGAGUUCUUCAGCUCACAGGCCACGACCGGGCUGGAUGAGGAGGAUGAGGCUAAGAAAACCAAAGGCCGGAAGGCGAAGUGGCCUCGUCUCAUCGAUUGUAUAGCUCUUUGGUAUCUGGGGGCAUUUUUGAUGCGGAUUCCGGUGAAUGUGGCGGAUUUUCAUCGGAUGGUCCUCCGGGAUGAGGUUCCCUAUAUCAGGGUGGUACGCAUUGUUCCGAGGGAGAUGAGGGAUAAGCUGCCCCAAGAGUUCAUUUCGAUUCUGGAAACUACGAAAAUCCCUCAGCCGGAGCACAUCCAUAGUGCUGUCUCGGACUUCGUGCUGUUCUACCAUGGGAAAUUCGAUAUGAAAUUCCCGGCGCUGAAUUGGCCAGUCUUGUUGUAUAGGUUCAUCAAAAGACUUGCGCUUCCAAUUGAAAUCUACCCUGCCGUCAAGAAGCUCCAGCAUCUCCUAGGAUUCACCUUUGAAUAUCCCACCCGGAUCAUCGGCAGGAGAAUGCCAAUCAAUUUCCCCGAACUGCAGCUGAUCGCGCUUAUUGUCAUCGCCACGAAACUCAUCUUCCCCUUUGACCGCAGGAUCCGGCACCCUUGUUCGGCCAAGGAGCCCGCCGUCCAGGUCAUCGAUUGGGGCCUCUGGACGCAGAUCCAGGGCCAUUUCGACAACCGAGAAACGGCCCGAGGAAAGCUGGGCAAGGGCAACGAGAUCAAGGUCUCCGAGAAAGACGUGUUCGACAUGACGCCGUCCCAACUGGACGAGUACAUGGCGUGGUACGAGAACAGCUGGAUUGACACGAACAGAUCAUUGAACCCACUGGCGGAACUCUUCCCACUUGGUCCCGGCGCCGGCGCCAGCCGCGCUGGAACUCCAUCCGUAGAGGUCGACGAGGAGGAAGCUAUCGACUCCAUGGUCCAGAUCGCCACGGGCCAGCUGCAAUCCAGACCGACCAUCCCGGAUAACGAGUCGGACUCGGAUACCAAACGCCCGGGAUCCUACUACACGCGGUACCGGACCGAGGAAUACCUGCCUGAGAAUGCGAGGUCGUUCUACGAGGUCACUGCCAAGGUAGUGGGCGUUUCGCUCACCACGCUUCUGAGGGUUGUCCUGCAGGCGGAGAACAAGGUUACCCGCUGGUUGGAAGAGCAACGACGCGCGGAGCUUUUUGGCGAAUCGUAUCCCGUAUACAAUGAAGAGUCCCCGGGCGAGAUGGAUUUGGAUUAGAAUGUUAUGCUGGAGCCGGGAUUGAGCGAUCUGGGUCUUGCAUGUUUGAGUUUGAGCUGGGGGAUGAGAUCGGAUGAGAUCCGGGUCUUGAUCGUUUAUACCAAAUGAUAGAUUUGUGGCGUUGCGCGGAGUAUAGGCUUGAUAUUCAGUCAGUUGGAUUAAUAAAACCAAAUUG